GGCGGCUGCGUGCUCGGCCCCGCUCCCCGAGGCAGCCGGCUGCGCCCCCAGCCCCACUGGGAGCCGGUUGGGCUCCCGGCCUCCGAGGGAGCAGGCCGUGUCCCCGGCCGCGCCGUGAGCCGUGAGUCUGGAAGAGCUGCAAAUGCUGCCCUGUGGAGAACACACUGACUGUGGUCAGCUGGUGCUUAGCCAGUGACCUGUGGUAGCACCAGGUGAAUCUCAGCACUGACCAUCAGUAGGUGGCAACGAGGAACGCGUGUGGAAGCCAGAAACUUCACCACAAUGAGAUGCCUCAUCCAUCCACUGCUCAGGAAGUUGAACCUCCCACCCCAGCAUGUGCCAGGGCGAGGGACUCCAAGUAAAGGUGCUGUCCUCAGUCCAAAGCAUUUGUUUCUGAGGAGGAGCUGCAGUGCAGGACCUGGGCUCGUGACUGCCACUGAUAUGGUCAGCUAUUGGCAGAAGGUGUUCGAGACAAAUGGGAUCCCUGAAGCACAAGAAUCCAGUCAAUAUAUUGUGUCGUUUGUCCUGGGAGCAAAAACAUUUCAGAGCCUGGAUUCCAAAAGCCUCCACACUCCACUUACAGCACUGCAGCAGGAGCAAAUCCAGCAGCUGAGCCACAAGCGGCUGCAAAGGAUGCCAGUGCAGUACGUGCUUGGAGAGUGGGACUUCCAGGACCUGACCCUGAAGAUGAGACCCCCAGUAUUUAUUCCACGGCCUGAAACAGAGGAUCUUGUCUCUUUAGUUGUGGAGGAAGAAUUUCAGAGAUGUGAGCAUUCAGCCCUCUGUUUCCCAGUUCCUGUUCCUCAUCCUGUGAUCCUGGAGAUUGGCUGUGGCUCUGGAGCAAUUGCUCUCAGUCUGCUCUGUAAACUGCCACAGGGCCGAGUCAUAGCCAUGGAUAAAGAGGAGGCUGCUGUAGAUCUCACCAGGGAGAACGCACAUAGGCUGCAUCUCCAAGAAAGGAUUCACAUCAUCCACCAAGAUGUUUCACACAGUUCUGCCAAACAGCUGCUGCUCUGGGGCCCCGUAGAUGUAAUAGUCAGUAACCCCCCAUAUGUUUUCCAUGAAGACAUGGCUUCCCUGGAUGCAGAAAUCCUCCGCUAUGAGGACCUUGAUGCCCUAGAUGGGGGAGAUGAUGGCAUGAGAGCCAUCAAAACAAUUCUGGCUUUGGCUCCUUCUCUUCUGAAAGUUUCUGGGAGCGUGUUUCUGGAAGUUGAUCCCAGGCAUCCAGGUAUGGUGGAGCACUGGCUACAGGCACACCCAGACUUACUGCUCACCCUCCGUGCCAUUCACAAGGACUUCUGUGGCAAGCCCAGGUUUUUGCACAUCCAGAAACAAAGCAGCUGACAACUAUGUCAGACAUACCUCUCCUUGCAGGAUGCUUUUUGCUCUUGAGCCCGGCUGAGCAGCUUGUUGAACACUCCUUCUGCCUUGUGAAAGGAAUCUCCAUUCCCCAGAGAGUUGGACUCUCUAUACAGUGACAGACCCCUCAUUUCCUGACACAGAGCUCAUCCAGAGAUGCAGAAGUUCAGCUGAGCUGAAGUGUUUCACCUUCCUCAGGGAACUGCAUGAAACAUUUUAGUCUGCUCUGCUAACGUGACCCAAUCAUCUCCAGACCCAAGACAGAAGAGUUCACAGCUCCAGAUUAAAAAUACAACUUUUCAACGUGCCAGAUCACCCGUUUGGCCUAGAAAAAAUUGAAUUAUAUUUUUUAAAUUGGCCUUCAGAUACAUUUAUAUAGAAUGUGACCAGAUAGGAUGAUAAGCCCAAACCCUGGCUUAUACUGGCACAUGGAUUUGCAGGUAUAACAGGACAUAACCUUUGUGCACAUUUCAAAUGCAGUUCUGUUCCAGGAUCCUGAUGCUCCAAUAGCAAAGCAGCCUUUGUUUCACACUCCUGCUGAGUGAUUGUCCACGAAGGAUCAGUGCACGUGUUAGAGCACCUGAAUUUACAGCCCUUGACACUUGGUGGAUGCUGUCAGAAAGAGUCAAAGCAUUGUAAUAAAGACAGUGCUUCAGAUCAGGAUCCUUAAAAGAAUUUCAUUGCAGCUAUUCAGAGAUGCUGGCAGGCCUGAAUAAACAUCUGACACCCACACGUUGCUCUGAUAGUAAUACAAAUGCCUAAAUUCCACAUGAGGCAUUUAAUUGCAACACUGUACAGAGGAAGGCCAGAGUCACUACUCCGGUUUUGCAGAUGGAGAAGUUGAAAAAUAGGAGGUGAAAUGACCUGCGCAAAAUUUGACAAGCUGAGGUUGGAGUAGGACCCAGUCUCUUGACAGGCAUGGGAACAGCUGAGGUCUGUCUCUUUGGGAAGCGUGACUCAGACUAGGGCUGAAACAGCUCUGAGGAGAGUUCCUGAAGUGGAGAGUCAACAUCAUGUCCGUGUAAAUAAUGGCAGGAUUAAAUUCAAGCUGCUGCUCGCUGUUGCUGCUGGUUCCAGUGGUGCAGGUUCCCUUCUGGACCGUAGCUAGCCAGGGAAGGAAGGAAAGGCUAGCCAAGGAAAGGGUCUGGUCUGCCAGUCCAGGUGGAAGCAGUUGCUGAGCCAGUGGAGGUGAGCACUCAGGAGGGGUGGGAGUGUCCAGACAGGGCCCUGCUGUGUCCAGGCUGCACAGCCAGACAUCAGGCAGGACAUGCAGCAGCAAGCUGAGUCUCCUGGAAGGCUGCAGCAGGUUCAGAGGGUGUUACAUGGGCACUGAUACAUCUGCUCCCUUUCCCCUCUGCCUCUCCCACGCUCCUCAAAUGGGUCUUUCCUCCAUCCCCUGAACUCCUGAACAUCAGCCCUGCUUUCCCACAGACACCUGAGCUCUCUCUGAUGAACCAGCACUUGGGUUCCAGCUGGAACCUUUCCCUACUCACAGCUCUCUUCACAGACUGGCCUUUCACCCAUUAUACAUCUCACACCACAUUUAUCCACCCCAGUAGUUUACCAUGUCCUGUACACUCUUGAAUUUGUGAGUCUCCUCUGGCCUGCAGUACCUACCCUGGUUAAACACAGUAGAGGAAAUCCAGGGAAGGCGAGAACAAAAACAGGUCGGUUCAAGUGCACUUGGGCAUAGAUUUGGAAAUACCAUUUCAGUACAGCUCAUUUCUGGCCUUCUAGAGCCAUGAGUAGAAAGUACAGUCAAAGGGGUGAUAUUCUGUGUGGUUGUGGAUUUUUUUUUUUUAAAUAAUAUUUUUAAAAUUCAGUUUGUCAGACUGUUUAAAAAUUAAUUUUAAAGAAAUUAGUUCUCAGAUUUCUUCUGGGUGUUAGCAGUGUUCAUCUAUGAAACAGAGCAUUAUAAACACCCUGCUUCUACAGGAGGCCUUAAGAGCUGGAUAGUUCACGGGCUGAUGGGAAUGUCAAGCAGCAUCGUGCUGCAUUCUUUACGGGCUGGGCUGGUGCCCUGCAGCAGGCUGGUGAUAGGUGGCCCUCUAGGAGUGCCAGUGGCUGGACUGCAGAAGGCAGCGUGCUUUUUCUUGGAAGCAUCAGUCAAUCCCUUGUCUGAGCCCUGAACAGGACAAAUCCCCUGCGACACAGACUAUUGGUCUAACCCAGUAGGACAAGUGUUAAAUUCCUGUAUUUAUCACUAAAACACUUGCAUUUCUAUGUAUUUGCAUUGCAUAGCGGUUAUAUAUCUUGGAAAAUCACAUGGUGGGGCUGACCUUUUCAUAAAAGGAAAAAUUGCCGUUCCUCCCAGGAGGCUGGAUGUUCCUAUUGGACUCACAUCCGAGGGAAUGUGCUGGUGUGGUACAGCGUGUUCCUCGGUGCUUUACACGGGGCUCCUUUUGGUACAGGAGCGCUGCAAAGCUCUUUGGAGGUUUUAAGGAGCCUAGCUGGAGCCCUGGGCUGUGUCUGUGUUGCCUGAGGGCAGGAGGCAGAGCGGACAUUGGCAGAGCCCUGUGCCCAGGCAGAGCUGCUCCCUGGAACCACAAAGGCUGAGGCUUCCCUUGGCUUUCUGCAUAAUCCAGCAUCUGACACAUUGAACUUUCUGGGAAUUUACCGGGUCUUGGGAACUGUGUCAAAAUGGUGAUUUGAUUCCUGAGGUGAUGCUGUCAGAGGGGGGACUUUUUUGCUUUCAGGACCCUGAGGAGCAUGGUUGUGUUUGUGCUCACAUCUGUGUUUUGGGGAGUGAGGUGUCUGCUGGGGUGAUGUAGAGGCCCUUGAGCCUGUCAGUGAAACUUUUAGGGCAAUGCCUUGGAAGAAUCUACCAUAGGCUUCAGAAAUGCCCCAUAGCUUAAGGUGAGGAAGAAGGCUCCCCCGGGGUGCUCUGCAGCACUACGUUAAUCUGCCUCAGUUUUGCUGUUCCCAUUGGCCCAUGGGCCUUGCCCACCUCUAUGGUUCAUGUAUUUCCCAGUUCUUGAGGUUGCUCCUUUCCCUGUUUCCCCAGUGGCUGUGGUAUCGCUGAUGGUCGGCCCCUAUGUCCCCUAUAGGUCACUGCCCUUUGCCCUGCCCUUGUACCGCCCCUGUGCCCACAGACCAUCAGCCUCUGACCCCAUACUUACCCCUGGACACUCCUUGAGCUGGGUCAUUCUGUCCCUGGACCCUUCAGGGUGAAUUUGCAAAAUAAGCUUUUCUGGGAUUCUGUACAGGAGCCCCUUGCCCUCUUGGCUCAGCGAGCCAUGGUGUGUGUGUGUGGACUCGAGUGCCUGCUGUGUGCCCACCCGAGCGGCUUCUUGAGCAGAGACACUUUCGAGGAGAGGAAGCAGCAGCCAGCAUCCAGCAGCACGCUGAGACAGGGUGACCCUGCCCUUCCCCGAGGAGGAGCCGCUUUGGCAGAGCCCUGCAGAUGGAGCUGCGCUCCCAGAAUAGCUGUGUCCGUGCUGGAGACGCUCCUGCCUCUGCUUCCCCGCUUUGGGCACGGUGCAGGCCCAGGGAGAGCGAGAACGGGUGAGCAGAACCCUGCAGUAUAGGUGCAGCUCCAAAUGGGGCUUUAACUGCCCUUCCUGUGCUGGGGAAACAAAUUCCACAAUGGGCUCGUGUCGGGAGGCUGGAAGGGGACUCGGCUGUGCCACAGGAGUGGGGCUGUACCUCCUGGUGUGAAUGGGAGGCCCAAAGCCCCCCUGGGGCUGGAGGUCAGAGAUAGAUCCCGUUCUUGUUCUGGGGUAAUGUCCAUGUGAGUGCCCUGAGGUGCAAGCACUGACUGUGCUUUCAGUCUCCACCUGAGAUAUGGGGUGAAAGGGACUUUGUAGGGACCUUGGGGACAAACAUUUAUCCUCACAGUGUUCUCUGCUGAGCCUGUGCUCUUACAGGGCUGAGACUGCUUUCCAUGGGAGGAACUGACAGACACAGAGGGACUGCAUUAGGGUGACACAGGGCAUCUCUGGGGUCCCACAUGACUCUGUGUAUGUGGAUUACUGGCCAGCACCCAGUUCCUCAGUGGAGGGCCAUAGAUCAAAAUGGCUUGGAAGGGAACUUGACAGUCAUCUAGCCCAAUUUCCCCAUCCAAGUAAGCAUCAACUUGCCUUACAUCAUUCCUGACAAAUGUUUGCCCAGCCUGACCCAGAGGCUCCCAUUGCUGGUAAGGACUUCAGCAUGCAAUCUGGUGCUUUGUGGUUCUAUCUGCUAGAAAGUUUUCUUUUGUCAUGGCAGCUCCACAUGGCAGAGCACUUCUGAAGUGUUCUGAGGUGGAGAACAGCUGUGUCUCUCCCUAGAGCACCUUCCAUGUGGUAGUCUGUUCCUAUAUCUCCUCAAAGUCUUCAUUUCUGGGGCAAAGAACUCUAGCACUUCUUUUUGUGGGCUGCUUGCACAUCCCUCCCUCCCUGCUUGUGAAAUGUAAGGGGACUGUGUGUGCUUCAGACUCCUUAGGGGUGAUACUUGUGCCUCUGGUGAGUGGGAUGAUAAAGCUGCUAGUGCUCACUCUGUUAUAGAGCAGUCAUUUCCCAAGUGAAGACCAAGCCAAAACUUGCAUUAAAUGGUUUUUUGUUUGGUUGUUGGGUGGGGUUUUUUUGUUUUGUUUUGGGUUUUUUGUUGUUUUUGUCUGUGAAAGUUGCCAAAAACUGUAUUUAAGUUUUAAUAAACUGCAAUCCUUAGGAACAAAUAAGAAAGCUUCUCAUACUCAAGAAGAUAAUGAGGUACCAAGAGAGACUUAAUCCUUAUUUUCCAGGCUAUUUCCUCUUCCAUAGGAAGAUGCUUUGAGUUCAGUGUCAGAAGUUUCAGAUGUUUUUCUGGGGAGGGUCACGUCACGUGUUCUGUUCCUUGGCAGCUGCUGGCAGAUCUCAGUGUGGUCCAUCCAGUCUCUGGUGAGCAGAGAGGGCACUUUUAUGAAAUUCAUCUCACCUGCUGCUUGGUGACAGGACUCAGCACCCUGCUGCAUGUGAUGAACCAGAUUGGCUUUGCUGCUUUCCAGUGCAAAGCCAGAGGAUGUGGGAGUGAGCAGAGCACCCGCAGUCGCUUCUCUGCAGCAAGUGCCUCUCUGAGCAUGGUGAGAGCGUGACAGGGGCUGCUGCAGAGGGCUGGGAAGGUGCAACCUGUGCACAGCAGCUAAUGCUGCUCUGACAGUCCACGAGUGUGCUGUGCUGCAGACAGAUGCAGAGAAGUGCUGCCACAUAUUGUGGUCUCUGUGGUUUAUCUUGUUAGUGUGGUUGAUGUCAGAACUGUAGCUUUGUUUAAGCAGCAACUUCUAGCUCUAGAGAUCUGCUUCAUCUGCUCCCUUCACCAGCACACCUGCAUGAUCACCCUGCAGUGUUUUGUGUGCUCAUCUCAGCAUUUUGGGCAGAGCAGGCCCAAAUUGGUGUAAUUUCAGUGGCAGCUGCUCUGUCAGCAUUACAGAGAUAACCGUGAGCAAGGUUACUCCAGGGUGGAAGGCCUUAGAACCACUGCAUGUGAACAAACUGCUGCCUGGGGAGGAAGGGGCCUUGGCCCCAUUCGAUGUUUGCUCUGGGUUCAGCUUGCUUCAAAGGUCUACAUAAGUAGCUUCACACUGCAUCCUUUCUUUUGUGACAGCUGGGAUGUUCUGAGAUCAUUGUGUCCAUGGCAGGGAUCAGGUCCUGGGCUGAAAUUUGCAACAUGGCAAAGAAGAGUUUUCCAUCCAAAUAUCCAGUGGCAACGGGUGUGGUGAGAAACUGAGGCACAGCAAAGGAAGAGCCAUGGCAGAGUCACAGCAAGAGCUCAAACAGUCUUAGUGGCAGUUCUGGCAAACCCAGCUACAGCAAUUCUUGUUCCUCCCCUUACUGGUGUUUUAAAUAGUGUCCAUCCCAGCUGUUCCUUGGAGGGAUGAUGGUGCCUCGAGAGCAGAAAGCAGAGAUUGUUACCAGAGAAAUGUUUGAUUUUGAGAGCUGAGGUGUGGGGAUGUGACAGGAAGGUGACUUUGACAGUGUUACUGGCACAGCAAUUGCUAAAUGGCUGUAGGAACACACAUUGCUGAUUGUUUGGAGGAUAGGAGAGGUGAAGAAACCAUGACAUGAAGCUCAUCUAGGGAAGACAAGAUUCUUGGGAAAGGGUGUGUUAAAAUGAAGCUGAGGUUUUAGGAGGGAAGGCCUGUGCUACCACAUUCCUGCUUUGCCACUCUGAAAUCAUAAGUAGAAGUGUGGGACUGAGUCUCUGUAAGGUGCAAGCUGUAUAUAUGAGGCAAACUGAGCAUUUCUGCUCAAUUCCUGCACUUCAGCAAGUGUGGGUGGAUUCCUGGUGGAGCACAGGCAAGCAACAGUGGACAGAGCACAGCACUCUUGUUCAUCAAGAGCAGAGCAGAGCACUCUGUAUGCCACUGGCCUGAGUUUCUAUAAACACAGUUUCUAUGGAAGUUGCCAGGGGGUGUGAGUAUAGGGGAGACAGAACUCUGCUUCUCGAGGCAUGUCCUCAGCAGUGGGAGAUUUUUGAUUCCCACUUUAUGCCAGCUGCUCUCUAUAUUUCUAGCUCCUCAGCUGCUGCUUCCU